GCUUAAUAUCAAAUGUUUGAAGGGAAGCAAUUUUUUCUUUGUCUUGGUACGGUGGUAAGAAAUUCAAAAGAUCACUUCGUUGUCAAACAAAUCCGCGCUAGUGACAAAUACGAGAGACUACAAUUAGGCAACAAUCAGUCCGACAACUGCAUAAAAGCGAAUAUAAUCGUACAAUAUCGAAAUUUCCGGGUCAAUCAAUUAAUAUUUAUCUUCGCCAAUUCAGAAUAAAAUUUGAAUUCUCCUUCAAAAUGACAGCCGCUACACUCGCCAAAUCAGCCUGGAAAGUCAUCCCCAUGUUUGACUCCCGGUCAAUUUCCGACACAGUUGACUUUUACAUCAAAACAUUGGGCUUCGAACUAGGCAGUGUCAAAUCCAAAAACCAGGACACCGAUGAUCUUGCAUCAGUUACAGAAGAAGAGAAGAGGCAGUGGUUUUUCUGCUCAGUCUUUAUCGGGGAAAAAGCAGACGCCAAUUUCUAUUUCUCCAAAGUGGCGGCCAACGAGUUCAAAGCAUCUCAGGCGAUGAUUGCGCUGGGAACAUCGGAGUUGGAUGAAUAUUACAAAUACAUAAAGAAUCUCGGGAGUGGUGUGGUGGAAAUUGCGGAGGAUAUUGAAGAUACUCCGUGGGGGUUUCGGCAGUUUACUGUUAAGGAUAAUGAUGGGAAUCAGUUGACGUUUUUCAAGUUUUUGGAGGGAGGAAAUCCUGGUGAAGAGUGAGGACGGCAAUAUUCUUUGUUUAGGACACUGCUGGAAAGAUUACUUCAUGCUGAAAUAUUUGGGAAUGCGUCUUGAAAUUGCAACAUAACAUAUGCGAGCUACUCAUGUCGUACAAACAGGAGAAAAUUGACAUUAUGGGUUUGCACAAUCCUGUGAUCUAGCCAGAGUAUGACAAUAUAUUCAUGAUAUUUCUGACUUCCAUUCAUAUCUGGAAGUCCUUAUGGACGAGUCUGGAUGUGAUGAUUGGGCGAGAAUUAAAUGGACAAGUUGGUCUUCAUUUCAAUGUUGGUGUGACU